AUGGCGAUGAGCUUACCUGAAAAAAUGGCGUUGUCUGGUGAUUCCAACUCGAAGAAAGCAAAAGGUGAAGCGGCGCUGAAACUCAUCGGGAAACCUGCUGUGUCUUCCGGUCUCUCCAUCGGCGGUAAGGGGAAAGCUGUUGCCUCCUCCGGCAGCAGAGGGAAAGCCGUUGUGUCCGAAAACGUUGACGAAGUGAUGUCCUUCAGAAACGUCAGAUUCGGACCCCAGGAAAGCGAGGUACGGUUUCGAUUGAUCCACUAUUGGGAAGCUCGGAAAGUUCUGUCCAAGGUGCUGCUGGGUCUCGAAAUGCUCCUCAUCGACUCAGAGGUUGCUUGGUUUGAGUGCACAGCAACCAUUGAUGAUGUUGUGCACGGAUCUGGAUGGUAUUACAUAGGCUGUGGUGUUUUCCAUACAAAGGCAAUCAAAGGUCCUACAACUCUAAUGUGUACAAAAUGUGGGGAGAGUGAAAUUGUUGGAGUGGCACAGUACCUGUCGAAAAUCUCAGUGUAUGACAAGAACGACCAAGCUGUCUUUGUUCUCCUCGGUGAUGCUGGUCAGGAGUUGACUGGAAAGAAAGCGUCUGAGCUGGUUGAGAGCUAUUACGAGGCCAAUGAAAGUGUAGGCGCUGAUCACAUUGUUCCGGUCCCUCAAGCUCUGAUUGAUACCGUUGGGCAGACAAGGAAGUUCAUUGUGAAGGUAUCCAAACACAAUUUCACCGGUAAGAUCCAGACUUUCACUCUGACAAAGGUGCUACCUCUUGAAGACCAAGAAGCUGAUGGCAACAUAGAAGAAAACGUACAGCUGGGACCUGUCAAUGAUAAAGAGGAUCCUACAGAUGAGUCGUUGAAGAGGAGUUCUGAAGGAAUUGCAACAGGAGAGACCAAGCGUGCCAAAAGUGGCUAA